AUGAGCGACCCGAAAGACGCACCAAAGGAGAAGGCGCCGAAGAAGCAAAAGACGUCCACGGCAUCGUCGGCUGCUGCGUCGGGGUCUGCGUUAGUCGAGGAGGAUGUGUAUGAUGUGCACGCGAUGGCAAAAGACAAGCAGGAACCUGAAGACGUCGCUGUCCUCAAGUGGAUCUUGUCGUCGAUGGGGGUCGACAAGUACGAGCCCCGCGUGAUCCCGCAGUUGCUCGAGUUUGUACAUCGGUACACGUCGGAAAUACUCGUGGAUGCGCAGGAGUACUCCACGUACGCCAACAAACCAGCCAUUGAUGCCGACGAUGUUCGUCUUGCGGCUGCGUCGCGACUUCACCACACAUACUCUCAACUACCAUCUCGCGAAUUGAUGAUGGAGCUUGCCGAGAAGCGGAAUGCGUUGCCCCUUCCACCCAUUUCGAGCGAAUACGGUGUCCGCCUUCCACCCGUGGAGCAUCAGCUCACGGCCGAAAACAUUCGACUGUAUCCAAAUCACUACGCAUCCCACUUGCAGCCACCCCCCACCGCGGUCCCGUUGCCAUCGCAUGGAGCGUACUCUGGGGUAACACUGCAUCCUCCUUCGUCAGCCAAGGGCACCCGCAACAUCAAGGUCUCGUCCUCCCCCAUCCGAAUCAAUCUGGCGACGUAGUCUCGUACCCAUUCGUCCUUGAUCUGGCAACUACCGUCAACUCGAAACGGGAUGAUGCAUUCGUCAGGCACGAUUACAGCUUUAUCGUUUACAUUUCGCCCGCGGUCGUUCGGGUCCAGUUGAGGCCUUGACCAGCCCGCUGGGCAACCGUCGUGUUGUCGGCGUCGAUAGACGAGCAAUGCGUGAUGGCAUACAUGAGCUUUUCUCG